AUGGCCGACAGUCGACUUGAAAUCGCUCCACUCCCCGCACAGGAUAUCACAAUCGCUGACGCGAUCAAAGCCAGCUGCAAGGAAUGUCUAGAAAGAUACGGCAUAAAUAUCAAUAAGUCUGCCUGUGAAGAUUUCUUGCUCAAGCUCGAUCGGGACGAAUAUGAGAAGCGGGUCGAAGCAGAACCAGUCCACCUUAGAUUUCCGUUGCAAUUUUCGAGCCAACUGGAUGAAUUGAACGUUGUCGCUAUGGUCUGUCUUCUGGAAGGUUUCCACUCUUAUGAAGACCUCCUCAAAGAGAAAACAGGCCGAGGAGUGUGGGAGACUAUGCGAUACCUAGUGUUGGCAGCUUAUUUAAGUCCUGAAUCCCAAUCAACUUCAAUCCUAACUACACGAGGAUUGGUUGAAGCUACUCCUGAAUACAUCUCAACUGUCCUUUCACUUCCUUUACACAUUGAACGACCAAUCGCCGAGAAUUCUCCAAUCAGCUUGGCCGAACCUGAUCGGGCCGUCGCUCGUUUCGUCGAAGAUCUUCUGGAGGUCUUGCAUUCUACCGGGAAAGUCCUCCAACAAUCAGGUCUACCUAACUUGGCUAGCUUCUUAGCUACUAGGACAACCUUGAAUGAGGACGAAAUGAUUCGCCAACUCACCGGUGCAUUUUCUACUUUCCGAGACAUGUACACACUCGACGGCAAAUCUGAUGACGCACUGCCAGGUUAG